AUGGACUGCUUAAAGAGCUGGCCAGAACCAAUUGUCCGAGUGCAAUCUUUAUCAGACAGUGGAAUACAAGUUCUCCCCGAACGCUACGUUAAACGGCCCGCCGAUAGACCAUCUUCAUUGGACUUACCCACUGGCGAGAUCAAUAUCCCCGUCAUUGACCUCCAAAAGCUCUACUCCGACGACAAUUCUAUAGGUGAGACCACUCUCAAUCUCAUCUCCGACGCGUGCCGCCACUGGGGAUUCUUCCAAGUGGUCAACCAUGGCGUGAGCCAUGAACUUAUGACGCGCACACGCGAGGUGUGGCGCGCGUUCUUUCACUUGCCCAUAGAAGACAAGCAAGUGUACGCCAACACGCCGGCGACAUACGAGGGUUACGGUAGCCGGCUCGGAGUCCAAAAGGGUGCCACGUUGGAUUGGAGUGACUAUUUUUUUCUCAAUUACCUUCCUCAGUCGAUGAGGGAUCAGAAUAAGUGGCCUAGUCUUCCACCGUCGUGCAGGAAAUUGGUGGCAGAGUACAACGAAGAACUGGUUAAACUUUGUGGGAGAUUGAUGAAGGUAUUUUCAAUAAACCUGGGAUUAGGAGAGGACAAUCUUCAGCAAGCUUUAGGAGGAGAGGAGAUGGGUGCAACUUUAAGGGCAAACUUUUAUCCAAAAUGUCCACAACCAGACCUUACACUUGGUCUCUCUUCGCACUCGGACCCUGGUGCCGUGACCCUUCUCCUUCCUGAUGAGAACGUGUCUGGUCUUCAAGUCCGUAGAGGCCAUGAUUGGAUCACCGUUAAGCCAGUCCCUAAUGCUUUCAUUGUCAACAUUGGGGAUCAAAUACAGGUGGUUAGCAAUGCAAUUUACAAAAGCGUAGAACAUCGGGUGAUUGUGAACUCAAUGAAAGAGAGAGUAUCGAUUGCAUUCUUCUACAAUCCAAAGGAUGACAUAAUCAUUGAACCUUCUAAGGAGCUUAUCACCGAGGACCGACCUGCGCUGUAUCCGCCGAUGACCUACAAAGAAUACAGAAUUCAAAUUCGAAUAAAGGGUCCUAGUGGAAAAUCGCAAAUUGAAUCACUAACAUCCCAGCGAUAAGUGUGUGUGUUUGUGUGUGUGUGUUUUAGGGG